AUGGAAGACGAAGUCGCGGCGCUGGUCAUCGACAAUGGAUCUGGGAUGUGCAAGGCUGGAUUCGCUGGGGAUGAUGCUCCUCGUGCGGUCUUCCCCUCCCUCGUCGGGCGACCCCGCCAACAAAGCAUUAUGAUUGGGAUGGGUAGCAAAGAUUCAUUUGUCGGUGACGAAGCACAGGCUAAGCGUGGAAUUCUCAACCUGAAAUACCCAAUCGAGCAUGGCAUCGUCACGAAUUGGGAUGACAUGGAAAAAAUCUGGCAUCACACUUUUUAUAAUGAACUUCGUGUCGCUCCUGAAGAACACCCGAUUCUGCUUACCGAGGCGCCUCUUAAUCCCAAAUCAAAUAGAGAGAAGAUGACCCAGAUUAUGUUCGAGACCUUCAAUGCGCCGGCUUUUUACGUUCAGAUUCAAGCCGUCCUUUCACUGUGUCGAGCUCCACAUGCUUUUGAUCGCGGAACUCGACAAGUCCUACGCACUGGUCAGUGCGUCGGACUGAGGACGGGGUUGACAAGACCGACUUGGCGUUAA